AUGACAGAUCUUGAAAAAUAUGAGCAGCUUUUUGAUGAGAACCCAAUGGAGGGUUCUUCACCCUUACGCCUAAUCAUUGAAAGCAAUGAUGUGGCAACUCUACACUCCUACAUAAAGAAAUAUCCAGAACGAGUCUUUAUUCGGGAAGCGAUGGCCUAUUACAAUCCUCUCUUCGUAGCUACAGCGGAUGAUAGAUUAGAUGUGCUUCGCGUACUUCUUGAUCUAGCUGAUUCAAAUGGGGUGCAACUUCAACUUGACGGCCCCUGGGAUACCUCGUUACUGGAUGUUGCCUGUGAAGGCGCCCAACUUCAUACAGUGAAGUUUUUUGCACUCCUCUCUGUGGCAUACUCACUACGCUCCGAUCUUUGCUAUAGCCCAGACCCGAGCACUGGUGGUCGAAAGAUCUGGCUCCAAGACGAAAUUGCACGUAGCGAAGAAAUAUUAUGCAUGCUUCUUGACAGGGGUGCUAGUGUACGAGAUGCCGUUCGUUCAUACAAGUUUCCUGAUGUUGAGCAAGAUGAGAAACCUAUGUCUCUUACAGCUACUGCUCUCGGACGAGCAGUCUCACGUGCCAGUUAUAAGUUGGCAUCGCGUCUUAUUGCUGAGGGGGCAGAUGUUCACGCCCGACAGUAUGGCUGGGGUGGUCAUCCUGUAACCGCUGUCAGAGAAGUGACUGCAUUGCAUGUCGCUAGCGGCUAUUGGAAUGUACAGGGAAUCAAGGCGCUACUGGACAACUGCGGCGAGGUAAAGCCUGCAGAUAUGGUAUCCAUGCGUGAUACUGCUGGACGUAUUCCGCUGCACUGGGCAGCCGAGAACAUUUGCUUUGACGAUUAUUAUCUCACUGAUGAUGAGAUUGCCUCCCAGAUAUGUGAUACUCUCGAGUUGCUUAUACAAAGAAUCCGAAAACGAUCAACGUCCAAGACGAAGAUGGUGCAACUCCCCUAUUCUCUACUAUAA